AUGGAUCCGGUCACCGCCAUCGGCCUAGGCGCCAGCGUACUCCAAUUGAUCGGCGUAGCCGGUAAAGCUAUCAAGUACCUCAACGACAUCAAAAAUGCCCCACGAGAGCGUUUCCGCCUUGCUCAAGAGCUAAAUAGCCUGUACGGGAUACUUAUAGAACUCGAGAAUCGCGCGGAUGAGGCAAAGGCCAGCGGAGAUGACGACUGGUUGAGAGGUGUCCAGUCGCUUACUUUCAAGUUCGGCCCCGUUGAACAGCUAGAAACCGCGCUGGAGCUGAUUGUGAACAAAGUCAAGCCGGUCUCAAGGUUUAAAAAGGUCGGCAAAGCACUUGUAUGGCCAUUUACCAGAAGGGAAGUUGAGGAAUUACUGAGGCAGGUUGAAAGGCAGAAGUCGACUAUCAUUUUCGCUCUGCAGGGGGACCAAAUCAGCCUAGCAAAGGCCAUCAAAGCCGACACCAUGCACAUACCCGCUCUCAUCAACGGAGUCCAGGAUAUGUCAAUCGGAGUGGCGUAUCUACAGGAUCGUCAAGAAGUGGAAGCGGUUCAGAAGGUCGUUGACUGGUUUUCCCCUCUAAGCUUCGGCGACCGGCACAAUGAUGUCCUCUCCCGUCGGUGUGAGGGAACUGGGAGUUGGUUCCUUGAGACACACGAAGCCUCCGCGUGGUUAUCAAGCGCGGGCAAGGCCUCUUUGUGGUGUAGUGGAAUCCCUGGAGCUGGCAAGACCACCAUCGCCGCUAUUGUGACCGAGCACAUCGAGCGAACCCUCAUACACGAUCAAUCUGUUGCCGUCGCCUGCAUCUAUUGUAAUUACAAGGACAAGAUGGUCCAGACUCCAGCCAACCUCCUGGCCAACAUCUGGAUGCAGAUACGCCAGAAAGGAGGACUUUCUCCUGAAGUGGAAGAGCUUUACGCCUCAUCUGUGACCAAAGGAUCUUCUACUCGCCCAAGGCUUGACCAAAUUAUCAAGAUUCUCAAAGCCGAGGUCGACCGGCAUGCCAGCGUCUAUGUCGUCAUUGAUGCUCUGGACGAGUGCGAGCCUGCGUACAAAUUACGGCUUCUCACAGAGUUGAAGGUCCUCCAGCCGAAACUGAAGCUAAUGGUUACCUCCCGCUACUAUGAUGCUUUCGGCGCCGAUAUGGGAGUCGAUACUGAUAUUGAGAUAGUUGCAAGCGAUGAUGAUAUCAAACGUUACGUACAAGAGAGAGUGUCCAUAACUCCUAGACUUGGCCGCUGGAUCGCUGCGGACUCAACCUUGCAAGCGACGAUUGAGACAAAGGUCAUGGAGGCAGCACAGAACAUGUUCCUCAUGGCGAAGCUUCUUCUGGACUCUCUUGUUACCAAGAUGACGCGAAAGGCGCUGCAAAAAGCUGUCGGAGAGCUACCAAAGACCCUCCUCGACACCUACGAUGACGCAUUGAGCCGGAUCUAUAAGCAGAACGAGGAUGAGAAAGAGCUCGCUGAGCGUAUAUUAUCUUGGGUAUCAUACGCUUUCCGGCCUCUGAACAUCAUGGAGCUUCGACAUGCACUUGCCGUAACAACAGGUGAAGACCACUUUGAUGAAGCCAACAUGCCAGACGAGGAAGAUCUCCCAUCUGUUUGUGCGGGGCUCAUCUACAUUGAAGAAGGUAGCAAGAUCGUGCGUUUGGCUCACUAUACCGCGCAGGACUAUCUUGAGAGUAUCCGCGACCAGAAUUUCGUUGAUGCGCGUCGCUUACUAGCAGCGACCUGUCUCACUUAUUUGACUUACGAUGGCAACCGACUUUGCUGCAAUGGCCGGCAUUACGUCUACCGCUUUGGCCGAGAUGGAUAUUACAGCGACAACGUCGAUGGGCUCUUGGGUUGUCCUUAUGCCAUGCAAAUAUCCAAUGCAAGUGAGACAGCAAAGGAUGUAGUAGACGGCGACAAGACUUCCUUCUACCAUGCUCAGAGUGGAACACCGCUAGCACUCUAUCAAUACGCAGCGCACUACUGGGCACGUCACUUAAAAGACCGUCUUGAGAAAGACUUGCAAUCGUUGGCCGUGAAGUUCAUCCUCGAUGACAUGAACCGUCAAAUGGCCCUCGGAGUUCUCCGACAGCUCUGGUGGACCUCACGUAUCAAGGGACCGUUGACAGUCGCUGUGCACUAUGAUCUCCGUCAUAUAUGCCACACCCUUCUAGAAGAGCAAGUUUAUGAUUUAAAUAACGAAGAAGGGGAAGGCUACAAUUCUCUACUCUCAGCCGCCGAGCUCGGACGCGAUCAAGUCAUCAAGCUACUCCUGCAGCAAACAGAUCUCCAAAGCCUCAUAGAUGCCGACCGAGAUUUCGUCCUCACGCCCCUCGAUUGGGUCGCAUGGACCGGUAAUCGUGCUGCCGUUCGGUUUCUCCUACAAAGCGCCGGCCUCAAGCUGCCAGAGAAUGAUGAUCCACUAAUUGAAGGCCUCGAAUCCAUGAACAUAUUCGCUACGAUACCACUCAUUGCAGUCCUCAGCAACGUCUCGACCCUCCAGACAGCACUUUCCCAACCGGGCGCCGACAUCGAAGACCGCGACCCCACGCACGAAAAGACCGCUCUACACCACGCCUCACAAUCCGGUCGCACCGGCAUUGUCGAGCUACUCCUCUCCAAAGGUGCUGAUGUGCGAGCCAGGGACUCCUACGGCGAGACUCCCCUGCACUACGCCGUCGACAGCGGUAAUCUAGAGGUAGUCAAGCUUCUUGUAGAGGCGGGCAGCGAUCUAGACGCGCGCAAUGAGCUCGGGAAAUUGCCGACUGAGAUGCUACGCAUCAGGGCGGGAGACAUACCGUGUCCGAUCCAUCAGGAUGAGCUGUGGGAGGAGACACAUGAGUUUUUGUUUGGGGAAGUGGUGAGGAAGGAGGGCAAGGAAAUGCAGUUGAAGCAGACGGAGAGGAGGGACUUGCGGAAGAAGUAUGGGGCCAGCUGGAGGGAAUUCCAUAAAGAAGCUGAGUAA